AUGAAAGCAAAACAAACAGGAAAAUGCGGAAAAUCUGAUGGAAAUAAAUCAAAGAAAACAGAUUGUUUUCUGAUAUUCGUAUCACAAAAAUUGGGUCAAAAUCACUUUUCACGUUUAUCCCACGAUUUGCACAAAUCGAAGAGCGGCAGCAAUCAACAAUCGACACAUGAAAAAACCUUAGAUCAUCAACAUCAUCAUCGUCUUACACUUGUUUCCAACAGCGAAGUUAAUUAA